AAUAUCUAAGAUGGAUAAUUUUAUUCAAGUUAUUGAUGGAAUUGAAACUAUUUAUGAAGAGGAUCUUGAACAUCUUGAGCGUCUUGAUAGUUAUGAGACUGAAUCUGAUGAUAUUGAAUAUGAUUCAGCAACUACAUAUGAAAUAACUGAUGAAAAUACAGUAAUUUAUUUUACAAAAGAAUUAACAUCUCAUAUUGUUAAUCAUGUAUUAACACCUAUUGAGUAUCCUGCAACAAGUCCGGAAGGUGUUGCAUAUAUAUUCAAUGUUGAAGGUUGGGAAGAGUCAUUAGCUGUAUUUAAAGAUAUCCAAUAUUCAAUUGGUAAACCUGGAGGUGAAUAUAAGGUCAUGUGUCCUUAUCUUAAUGUUGAAGUAAAACGUGAAAUGCAUACUUGUCAAGGCUCAAAAUUAUGUGAAUUUUCUGUUGAUGAGCUUCAAAAUAAAACACAUCAAAGUAUGGAUAUUGAUUCAGAUCUUAUGACACAUAUUACACAAGAAAUUUCACCUAAUAAUUUAGAUAAUAAUACUUUUGAUAAUAAAUUAUGUGAAGGAAAACCAAUAUUACAUCGUUUAAUUCGACAAAAUUCUUCAGAAUCUACAUAUUUUAUUGGAUGCGCAAGUUGGAAAUUUAAUGAAAAAAAUCAUAGAUUUAUACGUAUUCCUUCUAAUAUAAAUAUAGAGCUUUUAUCUAAUUUAUUUAAUGGCAUAUAUGAAGCAGAAGAUAAUCAAAUUCAACCUAUAAAUAAAUGCUAUACAGUUCUUUCUAAUUCUUCAAAGAAAAAAUAUUGUGUUAAAUUUUUUACUGGACAGCCAUCAAAAUUUAAACAUAUUCAUGAAAGUGGUUGGAAUUGUAUAGUUGGUGAUUUGGAUAUUGCACAAAUAAUUAGAUUAGGUGAAACAUUAGCUUUAAUAGAUAGUUUAUAUAGUUGGGAAGAACAUUUAAUAUAUAUUUAUAAAUUAUGUCAAGUUCAUUUUAAAAGAAAAUUAUUCAAAAAAAAAUUUACGCCUGAAAUUAAAAUAGAAAUGGAAUCUUUAUUAACAACAACCACAGAAAAUAUAGACAAUAUUUUUAAUAAAUUAAUAUUAAAUAAAGAUAUUAUUGAUUGGGUUCAAUUUUAUCAAAAACCUUAUAUUAUCACAUCUCUUAAUCCAAAUAUUUCAAAUAUUUCAUAUAAUGAUUGGCAUGCAGCACCUAAUAGCACAAAUUGUGCUGAAGCAGUACACUCUAUGAGCAAUUAUAUGCGAUACUUCAAAAGAAUUGAAAUUAAAAAAAACUAUAAUAUUAAUCUUAGUGGACAUGAUAAAAGUGGUAUUAAGCAAAAGAUUUUAGCUAUUAAACGAAGCAUUCGCAAGCAAUUUAAAACUAAUACUUCAAAAAAAAAAAGUUCUAUAAAAACUUCUAAAAACAAACAACCACAAAGAUUAAUAGAAAGUAAUUCUGAUAAAAAUGAUCCUCCUUCAAAUAUAAAUAAUGAAUUGGUAAUGACACCAAUAGAAAAACUGGAAUAUGAAGAAUGCAUGCUUUUAAUUGAAGAAAGAAAAGAAAAAUUAAGAUAA